AUGAUGAGGAACUUCAAGGUAUUCGUGUACCAGGACGGCGAUCCGAAUACGUACUAUCAGACGCCUCGGAAGCUGACGGGCAAGUACGCCAGUGAGGGCUACUUCUUUCAAAACAUACACGAGAGCUCGUUCCGCACCGAGGACCCUGAAAAGGCGGACCUGUUCUUCAUCCCCAUCUCCUGCCACAAAAUGCGGGGCAAGGUAAAAUCCAUUCUCAGAUCAGAACUGGGUAUGAUCGGAGACUUACUUUGAUUAUCGAGGUGCUCUGUUGAGGAAUCGCUUCAUCUCGGUGCUUUCCAAAUCAUCUUUCAGGGAAUAUCAUAUGAGAACAUGACUGUCAUUGUACGGAACUAUGUGGAGAGCUUGAUAGCAAAGUACCCUUAUUGGAACAGGACACUGGGAGCAGAUCAUUUCUUUGUAACAUGCCAUGAUGUCGGGGUGAGGGCAACUGAGGGGCUAGCUUUACUUGUUAAGAAUGCUAUCCGAGUCGUCUGCUCCCCGAGCUAUGAUGUGGGGUACAUCCCUCACAAGGACGUUGCCUUGCCUCAAGUGCUACAGCCAUUUCCCCUCCCAGCAGGAGGAAACGACAUCGAGAACAGGUUGGCCACUCAUGAAGGUUGCUCUCGUUGAGUAAUAUCUCCUGUUACCGAUGGAAUUUAGUUGCAUUUCAUUUUGAGACUUUUGGCUUUGCAAUGGUAUUCUGUGGAGCUUGCUGUAUCAUUUGCCUGUGUUGGAGUACUAAACUUGCGUCAACCCACUGUCAUCCCGACCUGAAAAUGGCAGAAUAUAUGGAAGAGCAAAGGCAAAAUGGUAACAUGAGACCAUGGGGAUCAACAUAGGAUAGUUAUUUUACCUGCUGGGAGCGAGGAACUUAUCAACACGUUCUCACAGAAAUAUGGGUUUCCAACACAGAAACAUGAUCCUCUUCUGACCGAAUGAGAGCUUUCUUAUGGAUUCUUUUCAGUCGAGUCUUGGUUCUCCAAUUUUUUAUUUUUUUGCUUUGGGAAUCGGCACGGUUUAACUAACUUUACGACCAUCUUUCAGGACAAUACUCGGGUUCUGGGCCGGGCACCGCAACUCUAGAAUAAGAGUUAUUCUAGCGCGUGUAUGGGAGAACGACACAGAGCUUGCUAUCAGCAAUAAUCGAAUCAAUAGAGCUAUUGGGGAGCUUGUUUAUCAGAAGAGUUUCUAUAGAACCAAGUUUUGCAUAUGCCCGGGUGGUUCCCAGGUUAACAGUGCUCGCAUAGCUGAUUCCAUUCACUAUGGAUGUGUUCCAGGUGAGAAACUUGUUGCUGCUGUGCGUGGUAGGGAUCUUAUUCAAUGAGAAUCCCCGGAACAAAUUCAAACAAAUUCAAACGAAUUUGUUCCAGGGAUUGAAACAGAUUCCUUGUCUCUUCUUUGUACCCAUUUUCUCUCUGUGCAGUACUUUCUCUUUCUGAUCUUCGAUUUGAUGUUCUAUGGAUGUUGUUGCUGUUCCUUUCAGUCAUUCUGUCCAACUACUAUGAUCUUCCGUUCAAUGAUAUCCUCGAUUGGCGGAAGUUCUCUCUCGUACUCAAGGAGAGUGAUGUUUACAACCUUAAGCAAAUUCUCAAGUCCAUAUCCGACGAGAAGUUUGCCAUGUUGCACAAGAGGCUGGUUGAGGUAUUCUUUUGGCCAGAGAAUGCUGGAUCUGUGACAUGUUCUUAACCACAAUAUCAUCAUCAUCAUCAUUGACGACGACGAUUAAUGAGAUGUUGAUGCUGCUCUAACUGUGUGCGAUCAGGUCCAGAAGCAUUUCGAGUGGCACUCACCUCCGGUGCCCCACGAUGCAUUCCACAUGGUGAUGUUCGAGCUCUGGCUUCGCCGCCACGUGAUCAAGUACUGA